AUGAUAGGAAAUUUGCCUACAAUAUAUCGAAAUAAUUCACAAAAUAUUCAGUUAGUAGCCCUUUGUAAAGAGAAAUAUGUUAAGGAAUUUGGUUUUGAUAAAAUAUUGCACCCUUUAAUAUCUGAUUUAAAAAUAUUAGAAAAUGAGGGACUAAAAUUUUCAAAUCCUGAAAAUAAUUCAGAAGAGUAUAUAAGAGGAAGUGUAUUUGCAGUUCUGGGUGACAACUUAGGGAGUCACCAAAUUGGGGGGUUUACUGAAAAUUUUAGUACCUCAGAAUAUUUUUGCAGGUUUUGUGUUUAUACAAGGGAGGAUUUAAAAAACUUUGAUUUACAUAUCAAAACCUUACGAAAUCCUGAAAAUUAUGCAAAAUACUUAAACAGCGAUUUCGACAAAGGCAUAAAAUUUAAUUCUCCUUUAAACGAGCUUAAAUAUUUCCAUGUAUGUCAACCAGGUUUGCCACCAUGCUUGUCGCACGAUCUUUUCGAAGGAAUAAUAUCAUUAGAUUUAAUGAAAAUCUUUAACUAUUUUCAAAAAGAAAACAUUAUUUCGUUACAUUGUAUUAAUCAAACAUUAUCUUUUUUCGUAAAGAAGUUUAAAUUACGUUUAUCAUUCCCGAAAAUGCAAUUCAAUGCGAAAAAAAUUUCUGGAAAAUGCGAUGAAGUUUGGCACAUUAUAAUUUUGUUACCUCUUAUUUUUUUAAAAAGCCCAAUAAAAUGUAGCGAAUCUUUUUGGGGAUUUGUGACUUCGAUGGUUGAAAUAUGUCGUAUCAUAUGUUCUCCACAACUUAAUAGGGAUCAAAUACAAUUACUAACACAUUUCCUGCACACUUAUUUUGAAUAUAGAAAAAAAUGUUUUCCGUAUGAAAAAUUACUUCCAAAACAUCACUACGUAAUGCAUUAUCCCGAUUUGAUUCGAAAAUUGGGUCCAUUAAAAAGUUUAUGGACUAUGAAUUUUGAGAAUAAACAUCAAUAUUUUAAAAGUAUAAUAAAAAAUUCUAAAAAUUUUAAAAAUGUUGUGUUGACAUUAUCUGAACGACAUCAGCUUAUGCAAGCUUCUCUUUUUGAUGAUAGGUUCAAAACAGGAAUUGUCGUCAAAAACGCAAUAAAUUUCACAAACGAUAUGAUGAUAAAUUUAACAUGA